UUAAGUAAAAACCAAGUUUUCAUACACUUUUGUAAAGAUUGGGUAUGAAAAUAGGUGUUCAAUCUACCAGUCAUAAAAAAUAAAAUAAUUAAAACAAAAUCAUUUGAGAUGCUUAUUUUCUGCAUAUGUAGUUACUGAUAUUUGCUCCAUUCAUAACUCUGAAGUUAGGUGAUCAUAAUGUCAUUACUUCUAUCAAGUUUCCUUGUAAGUACUACAGGUUUUGACCUAGGUAAAGGGAAAAUUUGAAAUGUGGUCUUAUAAGUACUACAGGUUCAAGUAAUUUUAAUUAUUAUGGUGUGUUACCGUUGAGAGGUAAAUUGCUUAAUGUGAGGGAAGCAAGCCAUAAACAGAUCAUGGAGAACGCUGAAAUUCAGAGCAUCAAGCAGAUUCUUGGACUUCAGCAUGGAAAACAGUAUGACAGUGUGAAGACUUUGAGAUAUGGUCAUUUGAUGAUCAUGACUGAUCAGGACCAUGAUGGAUCACAUAUUAAAGGGUUGUUGAUUAAUUUUAUUCAUUCAUUUUGGCCAUCGUUGCUAAAAAUUCCUUCUUUCUUAGUUGAGUUCCUUACACCUAUUGUGAAGGGCAAGCAAAAAUGAAAUAAUCGCAAGGUGAAGGAUAAAGAAAGGGAUGACAAGUCAGGUGUUGCAAUCCAAGACAUCCUCCAAGAAGAAAGCCUUGCUGAUGAAAGAAAAUAUUUCACGAUCGAGGAUGUAGAACUCGUGCUUGAAAAUUCUGAUGUGUCUGAUCCAGUAGAUUGUCUUCCUGAAAUGCAGCCUGAUUCAGAAGACAGAGAUACAGACACAUCAAAAGUUAAUGAUGUGACUUGUGAAUGAAAACUUAGAAUAGUUGUAUUGUGUCGAAUGUUAAUGAAUUAUGUAUUGUGUCGAAUGUUAAUGAUUUAGUUAAUUUGAAUGA